AGGACUAGGCCCGAACCAGACCAACCAUGCAAGCAAGACCAGAUGCAACGCGCGCGGAGCGGCCGCCUGGAGUGUGGCAUGAGGUCUGCUCGCGCGAGUGGGGCAGCGCGCCAGCCGGCGGCGAUGCGAAGGAGCCCUCGGCGCUCUCCGAGGUCCGCGUCGAGCCGCGCGCCCUUCCGCUGGCCGAGGUGCUGGCGCCUUGUGCGUGGCGGGACUUCGACCUCGUCGCGGCGUCCGCGGGUCAGGCCUUCGCGCAGGGGGUUGCGGCGGGCCGGCGGCUCGCUGUGCUGGAAGCUGAGGCCGAGGGCGAGCGCCAGCGGGCCGACCCCUACGACCUGUUGUUGGACGCGCUGGGCAUCGAGAGCUACGACGGCGAGAGCGAGCGCGGCGGCGACGGGGGCGACGGCGGCGCCUUCGUGGACCAUGCCGCGCCCGCGGCUGGCGAGUCCUCGCCGCUGCUGUUGUCCGCCAGUCGCCGUCUGGGCGAGGCCGUCAGCCACGACGACAGCGACGACGACAGCGUAGGCGGCCAGGGGCAGGAGCGUGCCGGCGGCGAUGCUGCUACUGCCUGCUCCGCCACCGCUGCGUCGGCGCUCAGUGGAGUGAUCGCGAACUACCUCGGCGAGAACGGAGCCGCGCUCCUCCGUGGAGACGGAGACGGUGGUCGAGCUGCCGCGGGAUUCGCUGAGCUGGCCGUGCCGACCGAGGACGCCGAGGGCGAAGUGCGGCGACGGCUCGCCGAAUGGUCGAAGGGAGCUUACAUUUGCUCCCUGCAGGAGCAGCUGCGGGCUGCUAAGAAGGAAGCGCAGCUCCAGCGCUGGAAGGCAGGUUGGCUGGAUAUUGAUUCCGUCGGGGUGAGGUGCAGGGCAGGCCUGCCGUUCGCCCUCAAGGAGUCUGGGGGCCGCCUCGCCUGGCAUGAGUGAUGCUCCGCAGGCGCUGCUGCUUACGUGUGUUGAAUACCUUGCCUUAAGUUUGCUGAGUUGAGGUGGCUCCAGGGCUGGUUGGUGGGAAUUCGGGGCUUCGCCCUUUCCCUUGUUUGGGGAUGGGCCCCCUGGGGCUCCUGGGCCCUCCUAGGGUGGCGUGGGGCCCGAAGUGGCUCCACGCCCGCUUUUCUGCCUCCUGGGGCUCGCGCGCGCGGCGCGCGUCCUGCGCGGGGUCGGCCCUCGUCGGCCCUCUGGGACAGGCCCAGAGGAGGCCUCGGGCUUUGGCGCCUCAGUGGUGCCCCCUCCAGCCUUUAUAGGCCCCGCAUAACCAGAACCAUAUGCAACGCGCAGUCGCGUUGCAAACGCAACUGCAAUGCAACAUAAACACUGUUGUUCGG